CUUUACUCCAAGGAUGGAUCUAGGAGUUGGAAACUAGUGGGAUCAGAUGGAAGCAUCCGUUUGAAAAUUAAAGAGCCAUCAGCAAAUAUAGUCCUUCUAGAUUACAUCUCAUCAGGGAAAUGGAAGGAUAUUAUAGAUUUCGAUGACCACCUCGAUGACAUUAGCAAGGAUUGGGUGAAUACAGAGCUCUUCAAUUGAAGUUUCUAUGUGGAAUUGGCUAUUGUCCUGUUGGUGCUGUAUCAUGGGUGGUAUUAUUCAUUCCAGUGCAGUUGCUGACUGUCUGAAGAAAAGGAUUCAUCACUUCAAAAAUCACAAACGCGAGAAAGAUUUACCAUUUCAGUAAUGGCUUUGUGAUCCAAUAGAAGGUAGCCCCGGGGUUUGAUUCUCACAAAUGUGCGCGCAGUAGUACCUGUGCAUGAAACUACAUAUCAUUUGACCUUGGUGAUGACUGAGGAUGAAGUUUACUGAACUUUGCUUUCUGUCAUAAUCCAGAAUGAUUUGAAUUUAGUUGUUUUUCUUUCAAGUUGCAACUAUUUAUCUGCAACGAGGAAACUAGUAAAUUAUCAAAGUUUAGCAAGUCCAAGUGAAAAACUUCAAAUUUACUCAAGCGUGAUUGUGGAACUUAUGAAACUUGUUUUUUCUAUUUGAAAACAUGAUUAUGGCUUUUGGCUUUCAGUC